AUGGAUCCAACUUUUAAGCUCUCACCUAAUGAAGGUGUAUUUGUAAGCCAACUUGAAUAUUCAAGGGCCAUUGGAUCUCUCAUGUAUGCCAUGAUUAGCACUAGACCAGAUAUAGCUUAUGCUGUUGGAAAGCUUAGUAGGUAUACUAGCAAUCCAGGUGCAAGUCAUUCGCAAGCAAUGAAUCGAGUAUUUAGGUACUUGAAAGGAGCCAUGAAAUAUGGUUUGACUUAUACUGGAUUUCCUUUAGUUUUAGAAGGUUAUUCGGAUGCAAGCCCGAUUAACAACAAGGAAGAUCAUUCUUCCACAAGUGGAUGGACUUUUCUGCUUGGAGGAGGUGCCAUAUCUUGA